AUGCAAAGCACCGUCGCCGUGAUUCGCCUCAACCCGCCGAAAGAGAUCAAGCCCAUCGCAGUUGCAAGAGCCGAGUUGGAAAGCGUCGACAGAACUGCAGAACUACAGAACCCUGGCGGAAUCCACGUCCAGAGGGAAAACAACUAUGAAGGGCAAAAAGAGAACAGAAAAGCGGAUGCAUGUUCUCGAGCUCUUGAGCAAAAGGUCACUCUGGAGUUCGUCCGUGAGGUCAGUCGGAAACAUGGACUACCUCCGUCGAAGAUCAAUACCUUCGGCAUCAGGGUCUAUCCCUACGGCAGUUAUCGUCUAGGUGUCGUUGGACCUGUCAGUCAAAGCGGGCCCGCAGAGGUAUUCUCCAAAGUCCCUCAGCCCAAGGUCCUUGACCGUGUUCUACAGUUAGACCUCGAGAUCCUUCAGUCGACAGUUUUCACGGGCGAGAAGUUCUUCGAUAUGCAGGGUUUCAAUUCUCUGCAUGUGUCUCAUCGCAAGCUCCGUGCCCUCUUGAGUGACAGCGCUGUGACUCCUGGAAUACCUCCCUCAAAGGCCUCUGGUUCCUUCAUGUACGGGCAGUUGAGGGCAAUUAGAGCAACAUCCUUCGCCAACGAAUCCAGCUCGACAAAGUCUGGACAGUUCUCAAGGUUCUCGACUCAGUGGAGCUCAACGUCGUGCGUCUUCCCAGGUGGCAAAAUCUUCAACGUCCUCUCAUCUCAACACCACCAGGCCGUCAACAUCCUUCGUCUUAAAGACCAUAAACCGCCUUCUCGGCGAGCGAGACUAGUCAGGAAGUGUAUCAUCUCCCCCUGGAUCUCCCUCUCUCACUUCCGCCGGCCAGAUCAAAUGCAACUACGCUCUCGGCGCCUCUAUAGAUCCUCAAUUACCUUCCCUGGCUAUAAGCCUAGCGACAUUGAGAAUGAUACACGAAUCAAGCUUACUCUUCAUAUGCCAUUCAGAGAGAUUGACGAGCUCUUGAGACUGGACGAUGAGCGCUUCGAGACGUUCCCUGAAGCAUUCGAAGACUGGCGUCAGGUCCAUGGCCCUUCAGCCGAGCUUACAGAGAACAUCUGGGUUGAGAGAGGCCUCUUCAAUGGCGCUCUCGGAACUGUCCGCGAUAUCGUCUAG